AUGGCGUACCACGCCAAUCUUCCCGCCCCUACCUUUGAUCUUGAGACAUGGGCAAGCAACUACGAAGGCCCUCUUCUGCCCCUCCGACUCGCUCAUGUCGCCACACACUGCCCUCCCCUCUCACAGCAAAGCCUCGAUCUCGCCAUCACUGCCGCAAAAAGAGGGAAAGAUGUCCUGCUGUACAACCGUCUCUAUGAGAUUGCCGAGAAGCUGGGCGUGAGCGGGUUGGAGCAGAAGGAUGAGGAAUGGAUGCAGAGGCAGGAAGAAGGCAACAAGCGCGAGUUGGCGAGACUGGAAGGAGAGCUGCGUGGGUACAAGAAUAACCUCAUCCGCGAGAGCAUUCGCAUGGGACAGGAGGAUCUUGCUAUGCAUCUCCUCCUCACCGGCGGACCCCUUCCGGAUCCCCAAAACCCCCAGUCCGCCACUGGCGCCGGCUACAACGCUGCGUAUCAGGCGUUUGGCAAGAUGCGCGACUACUGCACCACGCCUUCCCACGUUGCCAGCAUGACCUUACGACUCAUCCACACCGCCCUCCUCCAAGCAGUUGCCACACAACAGACCGGUGGUGCUCCACAUCUGCAUCUCAACGCUGCCCUCGCCAAUGCCAAUCGUCUCCGCAGCGUCGGCAUCAAAGAGGAAGAGAUGGUCCGAAUCACACCCAUCAUGCACGUGUCGGGCGGACUUGCGCACCUCGGCGCCGGCUCCUACCCUGAGGCUGCCGUCGCAUUCCUCUCCACGCCCUUUGAGUACGCUUCACAGGGCGUUGUUCAAGGCACUAACGCGACUCGUGCCAUUGCGAGCGGGAACGAUGUUGCCAUCUACGGCGGACUAUGCGCUCUCGCCACCAUGACUCGCGACACGCUCAACGACACUGUCCUCGCCGGGCCCUUUCGCGCCUUCCUCGAGCUCGAACCUCACCUACGCAAGGCGAUCAGUCUGUAUACGACUGCGAAAUACCAAGCAUGCCUCGACACACUCCGUCGAUACUACAGUGAUUGGAGUCUUGAUGUCUUCCUCGGUGCUCAGGCCUCUCCCACCGCGAAGGAAUCGCAUCUCGAUCGCCUAAUUCUCCGCAUUCGCGAGAAGAGCAUCACCGCAUACCUCUCCUCUUUUGCACAGGUGUCUCUCGCCUCACUCGCCUCCACCUUCCCUCCCCUCUCCUCCGAUCCGCAAGCCAUGGAAGACGAGAUUCUGUCCAUGAUCGAGGCCGGCAUGCUCGAUGCAAGAUUAGACGUGGUGAAGGGGCUGGUGAUUGCGCCGCAGAAAGAGGCCCGCAAGUCAGCACAUGCUGCGGCGGCUGCGGCUGCAGAAGAGGUGGAGCGAACGCUGUUGCUGCGACUACAUCGAGUGAAUGUCACCCUGGCUGGACUGGAGAUUCCCAAGGCGAAAACGGGCAACUGGUCUGGAACAGGUGGAGAGGGGAUGAGACUGGGCAAUGGAGGAUUUCCGUGA